AUGAUUUCAGCUACCGUUUCUCAAUUGGUGAAUGAUAAAUUUCAAGAAGCUCAAAAGAAUAACAAUGUUGUCUUCAAAAAAUUAGACUCAAAAAAUGUAAAGGACUCCAAGACUAGUAUGCGUUACUCCGUAUCAUUAGUUCCAAGUUUGAUUGAAAAACCAGAAUUCGGUCAAACUGAUGCCUCUGAAGAUCCAUUGGCAGCAAGUGAACCAGAAUUAUUAGUUCUAGAUGAUCUUGAUGGUUCAGGUCAUUUGAAAUUAGUUUUAAAUAAAUUUCCAAUAGUAGAAAACCAUUCUCUUUUGAUUACAAAUGAAUUCAAGGAUCAAUUGUCUGCUUUAACUCCAGAAGAAUUAAUGACUAGUUAUAAAUUGAUUACUAAGAUGGAUAAUGAAGAUGAAAAUAAAAGACAUAUGGUUAUUUAUAAUUCUGGUCCACAAUCUGGUUCUUCUCAAAAUCAUAAACAUUUACAAUUAAUUGAAUUGCCACAAAAAUUCAUUCCUUUCCAAGAUACUUUAACUAAUGGUAAAGAUCAUUUCUUACCAAGUAUUAAAGAUGAACCAUUACAAGAUAAUAAAGUCUCUUUUGCUCAUUUUGUCUUACCUUUACCAGAAGAAUCUGAAGAAGUCACUGAAGAUCUUUUAGCUAUGUGUUAUUUCUCACUUCUACAAAGAACUUUAACUUUCUUCCAAGAUUGGUUAAAUGAAACUCCAGAUUUAGUUAAAAGUUAUAAUUUACUUUUAACUAAACAAUGGAUUUGUUUAGUACCACGUUCUAAUAUUAAAGCUAAAUCUUUGAACGUUGGUUUCAACGCUUUGGGCUAUGCUGGUAUCCUAUUGAUAAAGGAUCAGGAAUCAUUCGAUGAGAUCAUUGAAACUCCAACUAUAGUCGACGAUUUAUUAUUAGAAUGUGGUUUCCCAUCCACUGCCGGUAUUAAACCUAACGAAUACAACUAUUAG